UGCUUGAUUAAUAACGGUGGGUGUAGCCACAAUUGCAUUAACCUGGAUGGCACUUACAUCUGCUCUUGUCCGACUGGCAAUGAACUUGAUUCAACGAGAAAGAACUGUGUUGGUAAGAUUUCUUUGUAUUUCACAUUUUUGCUUCGUCGCACCCUUAAUGUACACUGGAGUGAGAUUGUGCAGGACAGCCAUCGCGGGGUUGAUUGAACAAAGCCUGGGAUUCAACUGGCACCCCCGCAGCUUUUGUAGGGCGAAUAACAUGCAUCAUCACCCAGUGGCCAAAGGUGAAGGAGCCUUUGAAAUAGUUAAAUUUUCUACGAGUGUUUUUAGGCCGCCUAAGUAGAAAUUCAUUAAAGUUAGUCAGUCAUUUUAGGAUCCAGUGUCGAAAAUAACUUUAGAGAUCGUGAAUAAGCCUUAAAUAGAUAAUAUUUUUAGAUAAUGAUAAGUACUUAAAAAUGCUAUUAGGACAAAGCUGCGUAAGUCCGAUAUUCUGGAAGAGAAAGAGACAUGAAAAGCCCAACGAUUCCUUUAUAUAAAAAUAACUAAACCAAGUCUUAACUAUAAUUUAAAAAAUAGUGAUUGGCUUUUUUAUCAGGUUUCGAAAUAUUUCCAAACUUGUUAAUCGAACCAAACUUAGGGAGUUAAGUUUUGAAACGUUAGACGUCUGGCCAAAGUUCGUCUGAAUGAGUUUGAAUCGUCCAACACGUCUUAUCCGUCUUCUUCAGACGGAUAGGACGUCUAUAGAACGUCUGGGAUAUAGAUCGAUCUUCACAUCCGCAAACUAAUCUAAUAAAUUAAAAAUUAGUAUAUGAUAAUGUAUAUUUAGCCUCGCACGUGAAAAACAUUUAGUGCUGAUCAUAAAUUUGCUUUUUGGUCUGAUUCAGUUGAUUGGUUCGACGCGUGCUAAGUUCGAUGUCUGACGCAACAGACGAUCUUAAUUUAAUUUAGGUCGACCCAAAUUAGAAUUUGGUUCGUCUCAUGAAAAGUUCUACGCUGACGACUCCGUUCUACAGCAUAAGCAGAAUAUGAAGAAUAGAAAAUUCUGAUGACUCCAAUUCCAUCAAGCUUCUAGUAUGACUCCCCCUGCGACUGUGAAUUUUGAUUUUCACCAGGUCAUAAGUGCUCUUUCGACUCUGAUUAUGACCCUGACUUUGUCACGAGUGAAAACCAGCUUUUAAGGGAUUUAGUCGGAUUGCACUCAGGUGUCACUCUUGCCCAAUUUCCUACAAUUCCAAAGAUUAUUAGGUUGGAAGGUGUAUGUUACAUAUGUUGGAAUACACAUUGUUAUGAUACAUAGUUAACAGAUAUACUUCAUUAUUUUUGGCUAAAAAAGAGUACAGUAACUUGCUUAUAACUGAAUAAAUGUUUGAAAACUUUAACUUAAGUUUGAUUUCAUUAUUUGAAAGACCCAUCAACUACUGAAAUGGCCCAACGUGGAGCUGAAUCGGCUACCUUUUGAGGGGUAUCAAUUUAGCCCCCCAAAACUGGUACCAAAACAUCCCCAUUUCAGUAAGGCUGAAUUGGCCCCUAAAACAGUACCAUUCUGGACUCACCCGUCUUGGCCCCAUUUUUUGGGACCAUAAAUUAGCUCUUUUCAUUUUACAGUGUAAUAGGUAGCUACAGUGUACCUUAACUGCUAAUACAAAUCGAUCUAGGUUUGCACUAGAAUAAAAGUUGAAAGCAAGGUACAUUUAUAGGUAUGACAAAACCACAGAAACCGCAUGAAUGUACGAAGAUAUAGGGAAAGGUCCUUUGCUGCAUGGUGCAUUCGUAAAUAAUUAGAACACAAGAAUCGCGUCAAACAUUAAAACAGGGGCUGGAUUUGCACUGUCGUGUAAUUUUUACGUACGUACGCAAGUAAAUUUUACGCGCCUAAAAAUAGAAGUAGGCAAUGUAAAGAAGUAGUCUUCAAAAUGAGCCCGGGCGAUUAAGACGAUCACAUGGGAACACUGAUGUGAUUGUGGGCGAUACGUAAUAUCGAGGCGAUCGCGAAAGCCCUUGAUAAACAGGGAGCUAGAUUAUAAAUGUUGGGGGAUUUCAAAAUUAUUGUCGGGAUAUCGAUCGUUUUGAUCCUCACAAUCCUACCUGCAAAAGUCUAGGUAAUCGAGAAGAUGCCCUGGCUAGUUUGUAUGAAGACCAUGACUUGAAACUAUCAUAAUUUUACCUUGGCAAGUUAAGCCAUCAGGUUUUAACUGGUAUCCACUGUAACAGGAACACUUAUAGCUUCCAUAAGUGUUUGUACACGUGUGCUGACAUCCACCUUUAGCUAGCGUGCAUUCAUCUUUAUCUUUUGAAAUAAAAUUAAAAUGAUUUUUAGUUAUUUUCAACAAAGCUCUAUUAGAUAAAAGUACAGACAUACAUACACAGCUGUUUUAUUUGAGUCAUUUGUGUUAAAUAAUCGAGUGAGGCCUGGGCCAACAGAAGGAGUAGCAUUAACUAAGUAGAAUUCCCCAUUAGUUACCUUAAAUUUAAGGUAACUAAUGGGGAAUUCUACUUAGUUAAUGCUACUCCUUCUGUUGGACCAGGCCUCACUCGAUUAUUUAACACAAAUGACUCAAAUAAAACAGCUGUGUAUGUAUGUCUGUACUUUUAUCUAAUAGAGCUUUGUUGAAAAUAACAAAAUCAUUUUAAUUUUAUUCAAAAGAUAAGAUGAAUGCACGCUAGCUAAAAAUGUGGAUGUCAACACGUGUACAAACACUUAUGGAAGCUAUAAGUGUUCCUGUUACCGUGGAUACCAGUUAAAACCUGAUGGCUUAACUUGCCAAGGUAAAAUUAUGAUAGUUUCAAGUCAUGGUCUUCAUACAAACUAGCCAGGGUAUCUUCUCGAUUGCCUAGACUUUUGCAGGUAGGAUUGUGAGGAUCAAAACGAUCGAUAUCCCGACAAUAAUUUUGAAAUCCCCCAACAUUUAUAAUCUAGCUCCCUGUUUAUCAAGGGCUUUCGCGAUCGCCUCGAUAUUACGUAUCGCCCACAAUCACAUCAGUGUUCCCAUGUGAUCGUCUUAAUCGCCCGGGCUCAUUUUGAAGACUACUUCUUUACAUUGCCUACUUCUAUUUUUAGGCGCGUAAAAUUUACUUGCGUACGUACGUAAAAAUUACACGACAGUGCAAAUCCAGCCCCUGUUUUAAUGUUUGACGCGAUUCUUGUGUUCUAAUUAUUUACGAAUGCACCAUGCAGCAAAGGACCUUUCCCUAUAUCUUCGUACAUUCAUGCGGUUUCUGUGGUUUUGUCAUACCUAUAAAUGUACCUUGCUUUCAACUUUUAUUCUAGUGCAAACCUAGAUCGAUUUGUAUUAGCAGUUAAGGUACACUGUAGCUACCUAUUACACUGUAAAAUGAAAAGAGCUAAUUUAUGGUCCCAAAAAAUGGGGCCAAGACGGGUGAGUCCAGAAUGGUACUGUUUUAGGGGCCAAUUCAGCCUUACUGAAAUGGGGAUGUUUUGGUACCAGUUUUGGGGGCUAAAUUGAUACCCCUCAAAAGGUAGCCGAUUCAGCUCCACGUUGGGCCAUUUCAGUAGUUGAUGGGUCUUUCAAAUAAUGAAAUCAAACUUAAGUUAAAGUUUUCAAACAUUUAUUCAGUUAUAAGCAAGUUACUGUACUCUUUUUUAGCCAAAAAUAAUGAAGUAUAUCUGUUAACUAUGUAUCAUAACAAUGUGUAUUCCAACAUAUGUAACAUACACCUUCCAACCUAAUAAUCUUUGGAAUUGUAGGAAAUUGGGCAAGAGUGACACCUGAGUGCAAUCCGACUAAAUCCCUUAAAAGCUGGUUUUCACUCGUGACAAAGUCAGGGUCAUAAUCAGAGUCGAAAGAGCACUUAUGACCUGGUGAAAAUCAAAAUUCACAGUCGCAGGGGGAGUCAUACUAGAAGCUUGAUGGAAUUGGAGUCAUCAGAAUUUUCUAUUCUUCAUAUUCUGCUUAUGCUGUAGAAAACCAGAUUAAGCAGGAGUACUGUGGAAAGAUAAACCAGUAA